GCCUCCGGGUAGCGCCGGCCGCCGCCGUUCCGCCCUCCCUUUCUCGAACCUCCCGUUCCCUAUGUUCCGGGGCCGGAGUCCGGGAAGCAGAGACCCUUUUGCUCAGUCCCCAUCAUGUCCGAAGUGACCAAAGAGCUGUUGGAGCUGGUGUGGGGCACCAAGAGCAGCCCGGAGCUGUCGGACACCAUCUUCUGCCGCUGGACGCAAGGGUUUGUGUUUAGUGAAUCAGAGGGAUCUGCAUUAGAACAGUUUGAAGGUGGCCCCUGUGCUGUUAUUGCACCUGUUCAGGCAUUUCUUUUGAAGAAGCUUCUGUUUUCCUCUGAGAAGUCGUCCUGGCGGGAUUGCUCAGAGGACGAGCAGAAGGAGCUCCUUUGUCAUACCUUGUGUGAUAUUUUAGAAAGUGCUUGUGACAGCUCUGGAUCAUACUGCUUGGUUUCAUGGUUGAGAGGAAGGACAGCUGAGGAAGCCACUAGUAUUGCUGGGAGUCCUGCACAGUCUAGUUGCCAAGUGGAACAUUCUUCUGCCUUGGCUGUCGAAGAGCUUGGCUUUGAGCGAUUUCAUGCAUUAAUUCAAAAAAGAUCAUUCAGAACUGUAUCAGAAUUAAAAGAUGCUGUCUUGGACCAGUAUUCAAUGUGGGGAAACAAAUUUGGAGUCUUGCUUUUUCUCUAUUCUGUAUUACUGACAAAGGGCAUUGAAAACAUAAAGAAUUCAAUUGAAGAUGCAAAUGAGCCUUUGAUAGACCCUGUGUACGGGCAUGGCAGCCAAAGCUUAAUUAACCUCCUACUGACGGGACACGCGGUUUCUAACGUAUGGGAUGGUGAUAGAGAGUGCUCAGGAAUGCAACUUCUCGGUAUCCAUGAACAAGCAGCUGUAGGAUUCUUAACGUUAAUGGAAGCUUUACGAUAUUGUAAGGUUGGUUCUUACUUGAAAUCUCCAAAAUUCCCUAUUUGGAUUGUUGGCAGCGAAACUCACCUCACCGUGUUUUUUGCCAAGGAUAUGGCUUUAGUUGCCCCUGAGGCACCUUCUGAACAAGCCAGAAGAGUUUUUCAAACCUAUGAUCCAGAAGAUAAUGGAUUCAUAGCUGACUCCCUUCUAGAAGAUGUGAUGAAAGCCUUGGACCUUGUUUCGGAUCCUGAGUAUAUAAAUCUCGUGAAGAAUAAAUUAGAUCCAGAAGGAUUAGGAAUCAUAUUGUUGGGUCCAUUUCUUCAAGAAUUUUUUCCUGAUCAGGGCUCCAGUGGUCCAGAAUCUUUUACUGUCUACCACUACAAUGGAUUGAAGCAGUCAAAUUAUAAUGAAAAGGUAAUGUAUGUGGAAGGGACUGCCGUGGUUAUGGGUUUUGAAGACCCCAUGCUACAGACAGAUGACACUCCUAUUAAACGCUGUCUCCAAACCAAAUGGCCAUACAUUGAGUUACUGUGGACCACAGAGCGCUCCCCUUCACUCAAUUGAGUUGCCUGAGUAUUUAUAAGAAGAUUGUAAAAACAGGUGUUUAAAUGGGAAUUCAUGACUGGCUACACUAAGCUAAACACUGGUAUUGUUGAUUAACUGUAAAUAACAAAUUAAAAACACAUUUUCAGUGUUUAA